UCAUUUCAUAAGUACCAUAGAAAAUCAAGAAAGCAAUAAAACCCCAUUUUGCCCUCAUGUCCUUUUAUUUCUAACUUUCUUGUCAUAAUUUCUUUUCAUAUAGCCAAGUGGGGUGAAACAAUUACAGCUCAGUUCAGUUGAAAGUUUCAUUUUUUUAUCUCCAAAUUUGUUGUUGUCAUAUUUUGAUGUACAGAAAGAGGAAGAUUCUUGGUUUCACAUUAGAUCUGGCUUCACGGGCCUUGUGGGGUUUGUAUUGAAGUAGCAAACUGGAGUUAUCUGUGUGCAUAUAAUGAUGAAAACUUGAGUUUUUGCUAUUUGUCUUGUAGCUAGUGGAGCUAAAAGUUGCAUCUUUGUGGUGUUCUUGCUCUAAUGGGGAUUUGUCUGAGCUACCAAAUCAAGACUGAGACCACAUUUUAUACUGCUUCUUCUGGGUUAGAUUCAAGAAAUGCCAGUGGAAAUGGUACCGAGACUAGUAAUUCGAAUAGCAAGCGCUCAUCAGCUUCCAUACCACCAACUCCUCGUAGCGAGGGUGAGAUCUUGCAAUCUUCCAACUUGAGGAGCUACACUUUCAGUGAACUUCGUGCAGCUACUAGAAACUUCCGUCCUGAUAGUGUAGUAGGAGAAGGAGGUUUCGGUUCAGUAUUCAAAGGGUGGGUCGAUGAGCAUACUCUUGCAGCAUCAAAGCCUGGCACUGGGAUUGUGAUAGCUGUCAAAAAGUUAAACCAAGAAGGGUGGCAGGGCCACAGGGAAUGGCUGGCUGAGAUAAAUUAUCUAGGGCAACUACAUCAUCCAAAUCUUGUUAAAUUGAUCGGUUAUUGCUUAGAGGAGGAUCACAGGCUCUUGGUCUACGAGUUCAUGCCUAAGGGUAGCAUGGAGAAUCAUCUAUUUAGGAGAGGUUCAUACUAUCAACCACUUUCUUGGAGCCUUCGUAUGAAAGUUGCGCUAGGCGCUGCAAGGGGCCUUGCAUUUCUUCAUAAUGCUGAAACAAAAGUUAUCUAUAGAGACUUCAAGACUUCUAAUAUUUUGCUCGACUCGGACUACAAUGCCAAGCUUUCUGAUUUUGGGUUGGCCAGAGAUGGUCCGACUGGUGAUCAGAGCCAUGUGUCUACUAGGGUUAUGGGAACUUAUGGAUAUGCUGCUCCAGAGUAUCUAUCUACAGGUCAUCUUACUGCAAAGAGUGAUGUAUACAGCUUUGGGGUAGUUCUGUUAGAAAUUCUAUCCGGUAAGAAAGCAAUAGACAAGAAUCGACCCACAGGGGAACAUAAUCUUGUCGAGUGGGCAAAACCUUAUUUGACCAACAAACGUAGAGUUUUCCGUGUUCUAGACAGCCGUCUUGAAGGACAAUAUUUACUCAAUCGUGCCAUAAAGGUUGCUAACCUCGCUGUUCAAUGCCUGUCAAUGGACCCAAAGUCGAGGCCAACAAUGGAUGAAGUAGUAACAGCUCUAGAACAGCUUCAGGAGUCCAAAGAUGUAGCGAAAAAUGAUAAAAAAGGUCGACAGGUAAGUCAGCAGAGCCAAUCAAGUUUUGCACUCAAGAAAUCCUGCAGAAGCGGCGCGGAAGAGACCCCGGGAAAGGCAAAGUAUCCAAGACCUACACCUUCACUUCUUUCCACAUAAAAGGAGGAAAGGAAGUUCUUGGUAUGCUAAUUACUAGCAUUCUUUAGUUCAAGAACUUCUGGCAUAUAACUAGGAAAAUGUCUUCCACUAAUAUGUACAGCUUGUCUUUACUCUUUUUUUGGAUAAUGGUUGAACUAUAGAUUUAUGAGGGGCUAGCUGUAGGAGGAAUUGCAAGCAGAGUGUUUGUUUUUCCUUGGAAGCACAAUAUUUGCUGUAAAUUCCCGGAUUCGGUUACUCUUAUUUGUUUAGUGUAUGUUAAUCAGCAGGGAACCUUGAUUCUAGGUAUU